CACAGUACUGAUAUACAUUAGAUAUAUAGCUCUGAUCUGUGAGGUUAUCGCCAGUCAAGGAGGUGGUUAUACGUACCAUGUUGUGUGUUACUCUCUCACUUUUAACCAUUAAUGCUGCUUCUCUUCACAUUGAUCAUCAACUCCAUGCUUCUCAUGAAUUAGCUAGUUACCAGCUUGAUCAACCUGCACUGCCAAGAAAGUUAAUGUUCAAUAAUAAGAUUUCAGGCUUUGAAGUCAAGGAUUUGGUGUCCUACAAUGGGCAGAAUAAAGCUGCAACAGAUGAAUCACACAAGGAAGAGGUAAAGGCGAUGAUGCAUGCAGCAAAAGGGACAAGGCAGGAAUGGAUAGAAGGGUCCGACCCGACUCAUGAGUUCUUUACAAUGGACUACUCACACGUGAGAAGACGACGUCCCAUCCAUAACAAGUCGUUUCGUCAUUGAUUCUCCAUGAAAAAAGGCUUCAAAAUUAGAAGAAAAAAAACAUGUAGGAAUUAUUGAAAAUAUAGAAAACGUCAUUUAUUUAGUUUAUAGGGGAAAGAAUGUGCGGAUUUUUUUGUCUGAGAGCUCUGUAAUG